GCUGCAGAGAGAGGGGGGCUGGAGGCAGCCGUCAUCAGCGGAGCUCAGAGUGUCAGCUGGCUGAGCAGAGCAUGGUGGCACAGCAGAGCAGCAGGACGAGGUGUUGCUGCUGGGCUUCGACCAGAAGAGUCAGAUGACACAAACAGUUUUGGAUCCCACAUCCGAGUCCUCCAAGUGUAGCAAUGUUCGAUAACUCUAACUACCCCUUCAACUGUUUUAAUUACGAUGGAGACGGAUAUCCCUCCUCCAGCACAGACGAAGAGAAGAAAAUGUGUCGACCCGCAUACAGCUACAUAGCUCUGAUAGCCAUGGCCAUCCAGCAGAGUCCCGAGCAGCGGGUCACUCUGUCGGGCAUCUACGAGUUCAUCAUGAAGAGGUUUCCUUACUACCGCUCCAACCAGAGAGCCUGGCAGAACUCCAUCAGGCACAACCUGUCUCUCAACAGCUGCUUCAUCAAGGUUCCUCGUACAGAGGGCAAUGAGAAAGGAAAGGGAAACUACUGGACCUUCGCCAGUGGCUGUGAGUCGAUGCUCGACCUGUUUGAAAACGGCAACUUUCGGCGGCGCCGGCGCAGGAGGAACAUGAAGAUCGGCUUUCGGGAUUCAAAAGAAACCCCUUUCCACCCGUUGGAAAGCCACAGCAAUCAGCACGUCCCCGCAGCUCGGCGCCCCGAACCCGACUCCACUGUCUGCCCUUUGAACCCUGAGAGGCCGAGGCCAGGCCCCCCGCCAAACCACCUCAUCCCAAACCCCACCCAGCAUGGGAAACCAGAGUCAGAGAUCAAAUUUAGCAUUGACUACAUCCUAUCCACUCCGGAUCCGCCCCUGUCCGGGUAUAGAUCCUCCCACGGCCCCGUUCACAUAGGGCCAACAGGGCCUCCCAUACAUGUCCUGGAGUCCCAACACCUGAACCUGCACUUCUGGACUCUGUAAGAGAGGAAAGAGAGAUGGACUUCUUCUUUCUUUAUCGUCUGUGUCCAAAAGUGGGAAGUACUGUGAGGACUCCACAGAAGCGAUUUGACUAACUUGAAAAUGUAAAUGAGGUGCAAAGUAUAGAGGUACAGUAUUGUGGGAUGGAUUCUAGGUGGAGAAAAGUUCACUUAAAGAAAGCACCAUGCUGACGAAGAAUUCAUCAAAAAUAUAAAAUGUGAUCAGUACCGUUUUCAUAUUGUUAUUAUACUGUACGUACGGUGUCUAGUGCUGACAUAGACUAGGUUUACAGUAUUAUGUAUAUAUGUAUGUACACAGGAGUCAUGAGCGCAAAUAAGAAAAAAUGCUUUAAAAAUCACAUUAGUCAAAAAACAAACUCCACUGGAUUAUCUUCUGAUCAAAAAUGUGAAAUUAUUUUCUUCAUUAAAGAAGAGUUUAUGCAUAAUCUUAUGGUUGGCCAGACAAUGCUGCCUGUCAAACUUAAAUAUAAUGUGUGUAGUUUCUCAGAUUGAAUACUCAUUAAUGGAACAUUUAGUCUUUUUUGUGUGUGAAUGUCACAACAAAUGAGUUCAGCAGUACAAACCUUGUGUUUUCAAACAUCCCCUCCAGACAAGUCUAAGACAUACUGUAGGUAUACAAAUACUCUUGUCGUCUAAUAAAGAUAAAACUAAAGAAAUAUUUAUUCCCUUGUUAAAAAUGUUAUUAAAUUAAAAAACUACAUA